AUGACUUGCCACAUUUUAGGCCUGCCUGUCGAGAUCCUGCAACAGAUCGGGAACAUUGGCAGGCUGGAAACAGCAAGCCUACGGUUAGUAUGCAAAGCCUUCGAUGCCGCCUACCUCGACCAGUUCUGCAGAGAUUACCUGAGCGAUAUACACUGCUUCUUGUUGGACCCCGAACGUCUUCGGAAGCUAAAGGAUAUCACAUCCAAGCCAUACCUGGCCAAAAGAAUGCCGAGAGUGACUCUAACCCUGGAUCCACUGGAAAACAGCGAUAUGGACGAGAUAUCGACUGUUGCUAGCAAUCGAGAACCUGAGACGGUACAGGUCUUCGAAUUGGACCACGAGACACAACAAUUUCGCGACUCAAUGUAUCGAAGACGAGAUAUCUUCGAGCACUGCUGCGUGAACGAAUGUGAUCUAGACUUGAUGAUUGCCGUCAUCGAUGAUCUGAAGAAGGCCCAAUGUCCGAAUCUUUCGCUGAAUUUGGAUGAGCGCCAACGAUAUACCGGCACUACGCAACAUGCUCAAGUCUCCAGCAUCUUCAACACAGUCAUGUGGACUAAAUGCAAGCUGACAGGCCUCCAGCUGGGCAACUUGCGUGACUUGCGAGCAGGUUUCGAUGUGGCAGCUUUCCACAAAGAUCUCAAGACGUUCUGCCUUUGGUCUUGCGAGGAUGACAUCGAGAGUCUGGUCAAGCGCGCGUGGGCAGGCGAAGAUCAAUUGAUGAAACUGAUCCUGCGCGACGCCAAUGAACUUGAAACACUUUCCAUCUCAGGUGUCGGUCACGGGUCUCGACACUACAAUGGUAUCUCUCUCGAUCUACGACAAGUUUCUUACAUCCACUUCAUGAAGAUGACGCUCAACGCCAACAAAUUCUCUGCUCUACAGGACAUCGACCUCUUUGGCGUAGACAUCGAUGUUGAAGACUUGCGCACGGUCUUGCACAAUUGCAGCAAGACGCUGAGAGUGGCCAGACUGGAGUACUUGCUGCUGGCCGGGGACUCUGGUGCAUGGGUUCAGAUUCUGAAGCUACUACUCGAAGAGUGCUGCAAUCUCAACUGGCUGAAGCUGAGUAUGCUUUCGGAAGAAUCUGAGCUCGUUGUAGACACUACGCCGCAUGUAUCGCACGCAAAGCUGUAUCAGGCUGUUGAGACAACACAGUACACCGCCGAGGUGUCGUGGGACGGUCGUCAGGAAGUGGUCGAGGGUCUGCGCCUCAAUAUUGAGCGAGGGAUCAAGUGGUAUAAGGACUGUAUAAAGAAGGGAAGGUUUCCAUCUCAGGUUUUGGCACGUAUGCUAAUCUAA